AUGGCGCGUGGAGCCGCUAGGGAGCCUUUUGGCUGCACCCUGCGUCUCCUCCAACGUGUCAAGCCUGGCUACCACCUGGACCUGUUUGUGCGCGGCGCCCUGACGCUGCCGGCCUGCGCCGUGCUGGGCCUGCCCCUGUCUGUGGCCUCAACUGUGCCCAGCAUCACCCACGUGAUCUCGCUGACCACUUACGAGGUGAAGCAGCUGCCACAGGGCGAGACCAAGGUGCCUUCCAAGGUCGUCGAGCAGCGCGCCACGAACUUCCUGAUCCACGUGCUCAUUGGCUGCGCGCUCUUCCUGGCUCCGGUGCUCAAGUUUCUGCCGCGGUCCGUGCUGCAGGGGGUGUUCUUCUACAUGGGCAUCGCGUCCUUGACCGGCAACAACCUCUUCGACCGCCUCUUCCUUUGGAUGAUUUGGGACUCUUCCAAGUACCCGCAGUACAACUACAUCCAGAAGCUGCCCAUCAAGCGUGUCCACUUGUACACCUUUGUGCAGGUGAUUUGCUUGGCCAUCCUGUACGGCCUCAAGGCCAUCAAGGAGACCUCUGUGGUGUUCCCCUUCUUCAUGGCGUCCUUGGCUAUUAUUCGCAAGGCCAUGGUAUACAUGUUCACUGCGGAAGAGCUGCAGCUCUUGGACAGCGCUGCUGAGGAGGAGGAGGACGAGGUUCUCGCGGCCCCAGACCUGCUCAACUUGGAUGCGAAGGUCCAGGACACCCAGGACACGUGCGUUCAAUGAUGCGCAGGGGUGCAGGGGUGCGUGCAUGGGGAUCGGUGCCAACUUGGCAGAGUUGGUCUUGCAGUGAGUGAUUAGCACAAGUAACCAAACGCAUGUACAGUUGCAGUGCCAAACACAG